AGGGGCAUUUAAAAAAAGCUUUGGAAAAUGAAACAAUAACAGCACACUGCUAGAAAGCAUGAUUGCCUGUCACAUACUGUCCAGAACAAAGAAUGUAAUGUAGUGGAAGGUUGUAUUGGAGCUACUGGAACGAUCCUAUUCGUGAACAGAUGAGACUGUAAGAGGCUGAUUCAGAGAUUGUCAGAGCUCAGAGAGAGGGGUACUUUACAACAGAGGGGAACAGUGCACAGCCGAGUUAAACAAGGCAUUUAAUCAAUCAGCGGAUGUUUGAAAGCAGUAGAGAGUCUAGAAAAAGCAGGAUGUGAAUGGAGAUGACCUGCACUUUGUAUAGGAGGUUAUAAGUAGAUGAAAUAACUGUGCCAGGAAUAUGGAGCAGACCUCAGCUCAUGCAUGAGACAAGACCAAUCUCAUUUGUCAGACCUCACCUACUACUGCUUCUUCCCAUCAACUGCUCUCCUUGUUGCCGCUACCUGAUCACUCUCUGGAGCCAUGCAUCCCCAGCGACCUCUUCCGCAGGCCAUGCCAUCAUCCUCUCUGGGACAGAACCUGCAGGGCAUGGCCACAGGUCUGGGUCAAGGCAAGAACUUCCUGGGAGGAAACUAUGCCUACAGCUUCAUCCAAUCAGUCAAGGAGUGCAUCUAUUUACUUCUGUGCUGCUGGUGUGUCAAAGAGAUUCUGGACUGACAGUUUGAGAGAGAGUAAAUCAAAUGGUCAAACACUGAUUUUCCCUGUUUCUCCUUGGGCCUCUGUAGUGUAAGUUCUACCUGCUUUUAUUACAUCACAAAUGGGGCGUUUAAACAAUGGUGCUAGAAAAGCACUGACAAGAAUUAUUCCUGUCUCAUACU